GAGGCCGCGGUAACGCUCGACUUUCCCUUCCCAGCGCUGCUGGGGGCUUGUGGGGUGGGAGAGGCGAUGCCCGCCCCGAAAACCAUGAAGGGCCCCGGGCCCUGCUGAGUUUACAGGUAACACAUUCGGCUGUUGACCAUGGCAUCGGUGACGCCAUCCUUUACUUUCAAGGAGUUCUGCCCCUUGUACUACCUCCUGAAUGCCAUCCCUACGAGGAUCCAGAAGGGAUUCCGUUCCAUUGUGGUGUACCUCACUGCCCUCGACACUAAUGGGGACUACAUUGCUGUGGGCAGCAGUAUCGGGAUGCUGUAUCUGUACUGCAGGCACCUGAACCAGAUGAAGAAGUACAAUUUUGAGGGGAAAAGUGAGUCUAUUACGGUUGUGAAACUCUUGAGCUGCUUUGAUGAUCUUGUUGCGGUUGGAACAGCUUCAGGCAAGAUUGCUGUUUUUCAGCUGGUCUCUUCGUUGCCUGGGAGAAACAAACAACUUCGAAGAUUUGACGUGUCUGGAAUCCACAAAAGUAGCAUCACAGCUUUGGCAUGGAGUCCCAACGGAAUGAAAUUAUACUCCGGAGAUGACAAAGGGAAAAUCGUCUACUCUGCGUUGGAUUUCGAUCAGGGUCGUUGCAAUUCCAGUUUGGUCUUGGAAGAGCCGUCUUCAAUUGUGCAGCUAGAUUACAGCCAGAAAGUGUUGCUGGUCUCCACUCUACAGCGAAGUCUACUGUUUUACACAGAAGAGAAAUCUGUCAAGCAAGUUGGAACCCAGCCCAGGAAAAACACUGGAAAAAUCGGAGCAUGUUUCAUACCUGGGUUGUGUAAGCAAAGCGACCUGACGCUGUUUGCCGCAAGGCCUGGGAUUCGCCUUUGGAAAUCGAACGUCCACGGGACUGUACAAGCCACUUAUAUUUUGAAAGACGUGUUCGCUGCUGGAAUGAAACCUUUUGAAUUAUAUCCCCGGAUGGAACCCGCUGACAAGGGAAGUUACAGUUUCCCCGAGAGGCAAUUCGGCCUCAUUUCCUGCUUUUUCCAGGAAGGUUGGGUGCUGAGCUGGAAUGAAUAUAGCAUCUAUUUAUUAGACACUGUAAACCAGGCUCUGAUUGGCAGCUUGGAAGGGUCUGGUGAUAUUGUGUCUGUGUCUUGUACCGAAAACGAGAUUUUUCUUUUAAGGGGAGACCGAGAUAUCAUAAGGCUCUCAAGCAGACCUGAAGGGCUGGCGUCAAUAGGGAUAGCAGUUCGCUGCUAUGUGAAACCAUACACUGGACUAGAUGGGACCAUGUUGAUUAGAUACGUCUCAACACAGACACGUCCCACUAAAACAAAGCAGCAGAACGAGUCUUUCACUAGUGUGAAAAUGGCUGUGUUCACUCACUUGAUCACAAUGGAAGAUUACACCCAAUUCUUAGAAAAUGGAUCCAGGAGAAAUCCAAGCUCUCUGGAGAGCACGCCAUGCUCGGAAUAUCAAGGUUUUACCGACAGUCCCCAGUCAACCAACGCAGACUCCCUCUCCAUUGCUUCAAGCCUGAUGAGCGGCGUUGUAGACCGCUCGGGGAUGGAUUCUCCCGACCAGGAAAGUCUGGACUCGCAGAGUGUGCUGGGGGAGGAGAACAGCCCUGAAAUCUUCAGCAUGCUUCAGUCUCCAGAGCUGAUGGCUGCCCCGACCCCAGAGGGGAAUGGCGAAGCUCCCGAGCUGCUGAAACUUUCUAAUGGGGAGAACGAAGUAGGUGCGUUGCCUGCCACGGACUUCUCAGCUUCUGUCUCCCCCUUGCUGCUGCCUGGUGAUCAAGGGGGUGGUGAUGAGACUGAACAAAACAGGAGCCUUCCGCCCGAGCUUGCUGAAACCAAGUCCAAGCAGCCCUCCCAAGCUGAAGAGGAUUAUUCUGCCCUGUGCGAAACAGUAAAUCAGCCAGGCCAACAAAGUAUUGUGGAUCUUCUAAAAGACACAGAGACUGUGAACGGAAUGCUGGAAAAUGGGAUAUCGUCCUCUCGUGUUGAGGAAUCUUUGGGCUGGGAAACAGGGGCUGAGCCCCUCCCAGAGCAGAAAUCCCAGCAGCCUCUGGUGUACGGAGUCCCCCCAAGCCCCCUUAAUGAUCUUCCUGCUGUUUCUAGGGACGAGCCAUGUCACCAGGAGGAUGCCUUACCUGGGCAGGACUUCAGGGAGGCAUUCAGCCCUAAAUGCAACACAAACACCGCCAGCGAAUGGAUAAGCAACGAUGCUGGAGCUGAGAAAUCGGCCUCGAGUGAUGAAGAGGAUAUCUACAGGCACGGCCUGCCGUAUUCGUCUUCGGAGACUAGUGUGGCAGAUGCGGGGGGUUGCCUUGCUCCCCCGGAGAAAACCCAAGCAAGCGUAGAGGAAGGGAUGCUUUUAAAGUCCGAUCAGUUUGCAGAAAGCUGGAUGGGCUACGCGGGUCCUGGCUAUGGAAUACUGAGCCUGGUUGUCUCCGAUAAAUACAUCUGGUGCCUGGAUUACAAAGGUGGCCUGUACUGUAGUGCUUUACCUAAUGCCGGUCUGCGGUGGCAGAAGUUUGAGGAAAAUGUCCAGCAGGUGGCAGUCUCCCCUUCAGGGACUCUUCUCUGGAAGAUUGAACAGAAAACCAAUAAAGCCUUUGCCUGUGGGAAAGUCACCAUAAAAGGGAAACGUCACUGGUAUGAGGCUUUACCCCAGGCGGCAUUUGUGUCUUUGAGUGACGACACAGCCUGGAUUAUCCGAACAAACGGUGACUUUGAAAUGCAGGCUCUGGAGCCAGUCUGUAUUACUCUCGGAGACCAGCAGACUCUGUGGGUCUUAGACAUCUACGGGAACCUGUGGUUCAGAACGGGCGUCGCCUCAAAGAAACCGCAAGGGGAUGAUAGCCACUGGUGGCAAGUAAGCAUUACAGAUUAUGUAGUGUUUGACCAGAGCAGCCUUUUCCAGUCCAUAAUCCAGGCAACGCAAACUGUAGCCACGGCCGCUCAGGCUCCCGUUGAGAAGGUAGCCGACAAACUCCGCACAGCUUUCUGGUCGCAGCAGCUGCAGUGUCAGCCAAGCCUGCUCGCAGUCAACAGCAGCGGCGUCUGGAUCUCCUCUGGCAAGAAUGAGUUUCAUGUAGCUAAGGGAAGCCUGAUAGGUACGUACUGGAAUAACGUUGUGCCUCGUGGCACUGCUUCAGCCACAAAGUGGGCCUUUGUGAUGGCUUCUGCCGCUCCGUCCAAAGAAGGAAGCUUUCUGUGGCUGCGGCAGAAUAACAAGGACCUGUUUUGUGUCAGCGAUCAGAACCCGCAGUUCCACCCUUCAACUGUUCAGCUCCCCCUCGAUGCUGAGAUGGUGCAUUAUUCUGCUUGUCAGGAUGCCAUUUGGGGCUUGGAUUAUCUGGGACAGGUCUUCAUAAGGACGCUUUCACCGACUUGCCCGACUGGGAUGCACUGGACCAAACUGGACCUUUCUCAGCUAGGUGCUGUGAAACUGAUCAGUUUGGCAUGUGGAAAUCAGCACAUCUGGGCCUGCGAUAGCUGCGGUGGUGUCUACUUCCGAGUUGGUACUCAGCCUUUGAACCCAAGUUUGAUGCUGCCUGCGUGGAUCAUGAUCGAGCCGCCAAUCCAGCCCGUCGGAGUCAACUUAAUUAGCAUCUUCUCGAGUCCCAAUGACCAGAGCCUGUGGGCGAUUGACAGCAGGUGGAACGUUCACGUCCGCACUGGGAUUACGGAGGAGAUGCCCGUGGGAAUUGAUUGGGAGCACAUUCCAGGGCUUCAGGCCUGUCAGUUGGCGAUAAGUACAAGAACGGUUUGGGCCCGCUGUCCUAAUGGGGAUGUGGCACGAAGGUAUGGCAUCACAGAUAAAAAUCCAGCAGGAGACUAUUGGAAGAAGAUUCCAGGAAAUGUUUCUUGUUUGACAGCUGCUCCUCUCGAUGAACUGUGGGCCACGGGUGCUUCAGGACAGCUCCUUCAGCGUCUCACAAAGAACUUCCACCACUCCCCCUCCAUGCAGAAACACGGGGACGCGUCUGUAUCGUUUCACUCCGACGACUUUGAAGACGAGUGGGAAGUCAUAUGAGGUCGUCAGAGGAGCUGUAAAAUAGCUCGGAAAUGUGCUUGGAGGUCCUGUUACAUGCCGGAAUGUCAGGCUUUUAAAGCCGCUCACAUUUUGACAAUAUUCGCACUUUGGUAUUAAAAAAGAAAAGAGAACUGACCUGUCCAAAAAUUGUGUAGUGAGGUGUCUUGUUACAACAUCUCUCAGGCGAGAUGGACAACGUGGCUUAAAAAGUUGUCAACGUGUCUUAUUGUAGCCAUUCUAUUUUGAAAUAUAACUUAUAAAUUAACCUCAUUAACAGCAAAACUAUUUUGCUAUAGCAUGCACACUCAUAUGUAUUAUGAUAGGAAGGGCUCCUGUGGUUACAUUAAAUGUUUCUCAACAGCAGAAUACAUUUUUCUUCUUGUUGAAUUUAAAACUCCAAGUAGAAGAAGGUGGGUACAAAUGGGAUGCAGACCAUAGAGGACCUUGUUGUUUGCAAAAAGUAACAAAAUGUGGAGGUAACUUUUUGGGGGUUGAAGGUCAAAUUCAGUUUCGUGAUGUAAUUUGGUACUAAGCUGAAGAUCUUUUGGGAAGUGCGCUCCAUGUAACUUCCAGGACUCUGGUGAAUUUUGCUUUGUUGUGACAUGGGUUAAAAACCUUCAUUUCAAGCGUUGCCUAAAAGCUUGGACCUUGGUUCCCCCGCACGAGUACAAGAAAUGUUUCUUCCACGGGCAUCCAGGAAUGGACGAACCUGACCGUUGUUGGUUAGACUUGUAAAACAAGAGUGCCUCUGUGGGUUGUGUGAAUCCCUUGGCCCAACUGAACUGUGCCUCGAACUAGAGUAGACUUCCUUUCUUGUAAAAUAAUUAAGAAUGAAAAACAAGAAGCGGCGUAAAAGAAAUAUAUUUAUCCCAGAGGGAGAGUCUGUGGUAAUAGUCACAAUAUAUGUCUUCACAGUGGUGGACUUUGGCUAAAUUAGCUAAAUCUUGCGCAAUGUCUUACCUAAUUUGAGAUGUUUACAGCAGAAGUGCAAAACUUUGUUGGUUUGUUAAUCACGGCAGCUCAUAGUUUAUGAAAGCUAAUUUUCUUAAGAACAGAACUGAAGGUCAAAAGGACUUGUUCAGUGGCUUAGACAGAAAGGCCGCGGUAGCAUUUGGUUUCUGUUUUUAAAAUACCUAACCAAAUUAACCUCAGUGUCUUUUAGAAUGUCUAAACAGCUGCUGAAGAAUCUGCAAAUGAGCCAACUUCCAGGGGGGGGGUUGGGGGGGAGCAUGAGAACCUGGUACCAGUUCUGUACCAGCCACUCCCUCCACCCUCGUUAAUUACUACUUUGGGGGCGGGAUUUACAUAGGAGAAACAGCACAGGGGGAAAAGGUUGAGUCUCCUUCCCCACGACACACACUACCCCGAUUUUCAGAGCAGAUGUUGGGGCUUGCAAAAGACAGGAAAUUUUCCUUAUACCAUUUAGUUUCGGCCCCUAGUGUGGAGCAAAAGGAACAAGUGUUUCUUCCUCAUUGAGAAAAGCAGGAAUAGUGGGAACCACAGCUCCUCAGAGUACCGAGAAUUCCCUUUGUGGCUGUGCAUCCCAGUUUUUGAAGCAGGACUUGCAUUAGUAACACUUGGUUACUGCUGGGUUUCCCACUCUUUCAGCAGUUCAUCGUGAACUUGGAGGUCAUAUUUGUUUCCCGCUGAGAGCCGAUAUGUUUUGCUCAAUCUCUUCCUCCUCUAUAUAAGGAAUCGGUCUCGCAAGAGUUUCUUUUUCUUUUUUAGUCUAUCACUGGGUAGUAAGAGGCUAUUGAUGUUUACUUGGUUCCAAUGGGUGGACUGUUUCGAGGAGCCCCCGUGGGAAGCAGAUCUUCAAAGAAGUGUUCCGAUAUUGAGGACUUUGGAAGAAUAGGGGCGAAAUGGCCAACACGCCCACCUGGCCAAGAACCAGAUGCUCACCUGCAGUGCUGAAGAAUGACAUUUUUAUGGGUAUUACACUUGGGGGGGAAAGCCCUCUUGGUCAUGGCUUGAGCUUGCUAGCUGUUCAUGCUCCGUACAGUAAAUCCACGUUGCUUUCUUGAUGAAUAUUAACUGGUGUUGACACAGCCCUUCUCAGUCCAUGGGACUUUUUGUAUAGUCUCACCUAACCAUCAUAAACAUUUUUCCAUCCUUAGUUUCACUUCU